AUGGAAUCAACUGCAACGGACACCAAUGAUUCACAAUGGAUUAAUCAAGAAACUGAAAAAAUUCAUGCAGAAAUUCUCUUGGAAUUAAACCGUUUCGAAAGUUCAUUAAAUGAACGUUUUGCUGAGUUUAAACAUACUGUAACUGCGCAACAAGAGGAAACUGCCCUGGCCAAUGCAUCAAACCAUCAAAUAGCAGAAUUUCGUGUAUUUAUUCCUCGAAAUUCAGUUUUAACAGAUCUAUUUAAAAUAUCACAUAUUCGAGGUGUAAGAAAUGUGUUUGCUGCUAUGCUGAUUAUACUUGUCAUACAAGUAACACUAAACGAUAUUAUACAAGAAGGAAGAGUUAAUUUACAUUUUGAAAUCAUGUUUCAAUGUUUCGCUAAUUUACAUGUUGCACUGUUUAUUUGGUUACUUAUGAUGUUAUCUACAACAAUUGUUGUUUUUCUGGGAUUCUAUUUAUGGGCAAAACAUCGCAAUGACUAUCAUAAAACUUUCAAAUUGUAUGAUAGAAUAUGGCUAAGUAUCUAUAUAACAUAUGUGAUUUUAUUUUUGGUCUUCCCAUCUCGUGAAAUUACGAAACACAAAUUUGGCGGCGCUUCCGCAAUAGUUAUUCUACUUGAACAACUUCGACAAAUAAUGAAAGUUCAUGCAUUUGUUCGUGAAAAUGUUCCAAAAGUUCUUUCAGUAGUCGAAAGAAAAGCAGCAGAUAAAAAAUUCGUUUGUCCUGACUUUUCACAGUAUUUAUAUUUCUUAUUUGCACCGACAUUAAUCUAUCGUGAUCAAUAUCCGCGUAAUCCAACAAUUCGAUGGAACUUCGUUUUACAAAUGUUCGGACAAGUCAUAGCAUCUGUGUUCUAUGUUUAUUAUGUCGUUGUUCGUUUUUGUAUACCAACCUUUGAAAGUUUAAACCAAGAAGAAAUAACAUUAUCGAUUUUUGUAUCAGUUAUAUUCAAUUCGAUUAUGCCAGGCAGUCUUUUUCUCUUAUUAGCUUUUUACGGAUUUUUACAUUGUUGGUUGAAUGCAUUUGCAGAAAUGCUUCGAUUUGCUGAUCGAAUGUUCUAUAAAGAUUGGUGGAAUUCAACGUCGUUCGCUGCUUACUAUCGAACAUGGAAUGUCGUCGUACACGAUUGGCUUCAUGCAUAUGUUUAUAGAGAAAUAUAUGUUCUAACCGGUAGAAAAAAUCGUACGGUUCCUGCAAUUUGUGUGAUACUUUUAUCAGCUGCAUUUCAUGAAUAUGUUAUGGGAUUUACGCUUGGCUUUUUCUUUCCGAUCAUGUUUUUUCUUUUUGGCGUUGUUGGAUUGGUCUUUCUACUUUUUCUGCCACGACAUAGAGGUGUAGCAUACAAUAUACUCAUGUGGGUGUUACUGCUCAUUGGCAUGGGUGUUCAAUCGAGUUUCUAUUUCAUGGAAAGUUAUGCACGUAAAGAGUGUCCACGAAAUGACACAUUUUGGGAUGACAUAACGCCUCGGUCAUUUUCUUGUCGUAUUACAUUACCAUCAAGCGAACAUUCGAAAAUUGACUUAUAA